ACAAAUCAGAAUGAUUCAGAUUGCUGUGUUUUUGUGAGUGCCCAAAACUGUUUAAAAAGUUAAAAAGCUCCUUAAAGCUGAAAUCAACCCUGGGAAACAUAAAAUUGGAAUUAGCAAUAUUCAAACAGUUCAUAACAAUAAAGUAAUGGUGAAAUGUGCUUCGGGAUAUGAUAAAGAAAAACUGUUUACUGCUUUGAAGGAAGACUCAUCUAUUUUGAUUCCCACUAUUCCAAGACGAAAAUAUCCUACAGUUUUACUUAAAAAUGUGCCAAACAGCAUUAGUAAUGAUGAACUGUUAAAAAUUUUUGAAGAACAAAAUCCUGAAAUUACCGUGAGUGAAGAGACUUGGAAAGACGUUAAAGUUCGCUUUACUUUAAAAAAGUUUCAACGUGAGAGAAGCGUUGUUAUUGAGGUGCAUCCUGCUGUGCGCAAGCGUAUUUUAAAUUUUGGGCGUAUUAAAGUGAUGUGGAAUAUGUGUAAAACUGAAGAUUUUGUUGUUUUAAAUAGAUGUUUUAAAUGUUUAGGCUACCACAGAAACCUUGAUUGCAGAAGUCCCUUGGCUUGUUAUUGCUGCUCUGGUGAGCAUAAGAGUUCAGAAUGUGAUAAAAAAGAAGUGCAAGUGUGUAUUAAUUGCAUAAUAUUUAAUAAAAAGACGAAAAAUGCAACUAAGAAAGUUGAUGUAAAUCAUAAGCCAUUUUCUGGAACUUGCCCCAGCCAUACAUUUAUGAUGAAUCUUGCAGCUUCAAAAAUUUAUUAUGGGUAAUUCCGCCAAUUUGUCUGUUUCUUUUGUACAAAUAAAUUUGCACAAAUCAAAACUUGCGACUCAGCAACUUAUUUUAUA